AUGGUGGGACUUCACGCGGAGGUCGAAGUGGUGUCGGAACGUCGUCUCACUCCUCGAACCAUCAGGUUCUCAGUCCGUGACUAUUCAAAUAGAACUAUGUCGUCCCAGUUUCCGCCAAGGACACAACAAUCGCCUCCUGCUUCUCAACCACCGCCUCCUGCUUCUCAACCACCGCGGGUUGCUUCUCCACCACCGAAGGUUGGUUCUCAACCACCGUGGAUUGGUUCUCAACCACCGCGUCUUGCUCCUCAACCACCGCCUCCUGUUUCUCCACUCAUACAAGAACAACCAGACCUAAACAUGGAAGAGGAUUACGAAGAAGAAAACUCUAAUCCCAAUCCUGCCGAAGAAGAAAACCCUAUCCCUAAUCCAGCCGAACAAGACUACCAAGAUUUGUUUAACAGACACAAAGGAACAAUUUCUCGGGUGAUUUAUGGAAUAUUUAGAAGGAAAUUCGAUGGUCCUUACUACAGCUGGAAGGUUACUCCUAGACCCAUUCAAGAAAGAUAUUUCAGGACAUUUGCGCGGAAGUUCUAUUGGGAUACUGGGAUUACGGAGCUUGUUAUAGAGGGGUUCUUAAAGAUAGCCAAGAAACGAAUGAAAGGCAUUGUUAGUCAAGCUAAAAGCAGGGGUAAACAACCUGUUUGGAUCACCAGUGCAGAACUGUGGGCUGAGAUGUGUGAUCAUUGGAACGAACCUGAUGUAAUGGAGAGGAGCUCAAAUGCCUCGCAGUGCAGAAACUCCGAUCGUGGUGGUCUUGGAGAAGAAGAAUUGUGCCGUCCGGUAUCAUUUGCUGCAGUGUUCUUGAAGACACAUACUCGAGCUGACGGAUCAUUUGUUGAUCAAAAAGCUAAACAAGUAGCUGAGACUUAUGAGAAAACAUUAAAGGAGAGACUGUGCGAAGUGGACGAUGAUGGUCCAGAAAAUUCAGGGAAUUCUUCUGAACGUUCAACUCAUCGUACUCUCAGCAUUGAUGAAAAGAAUGAUAUCUUUCUUAAGUGUACUCAAACAAAUGAGAAGGGAAACCUUUUUGGUCUUGGAUCUCUUGUUGAGACACUUAGGAAAGGGAAAANCCAUCAGGUUCUCAGUCCGUGA